AUUCCUCCACAGCCGUGUGUGCUUCAUUCCAGUGCACAAGCCGAGCGAAGCGGACGGUCCACACACACACACGCACACACACACAGCAACCAAAGCUGAUAAAUUCGCUCAGGGAAUAAAUAUCUACAAACCGGCGCGGCUGUUUCUUCUUCACAGGAAUACCACUUGAUCGUGGACGCAUGUGAGCGUGCACAUGCCAGGCUUGGGACUGUAACACCAUGGCUCUGACACAAGUGCGACUAUCUCUGCCUCUGCUGCUCUGACCGCAGAGAAAGUCUUUUGGAUCUCCUCGCGCAGGCUGUUAUUUCUGUUUUUUGUUUUUUAAUUUUCUCUUUUCAUUGACUAUCAACGAGAUAUUGCUGGAAAUAUUCUCCGGAUGGUGACCGCGGACUGGACUACCUGUUUUCAGCUGAUUCGCCCAAUGCGAGGGGAAAGGACUGGAAGACUUGCGCCCGCUGCCUUUUCUCUGGUUUAACAAGGCACGUUGGGGGGAUCACUGAAAAUCGUCAAGGGCUGCUAUUUCCACACGUUUUACGCAAAGGGUGUUAUUUCUUCCCAACACUCGCACUGACGUGUUUUGGUGAAUGGGGGUAACUCUGGUCCUGGAGGCUUGACACAGCUGGGACUGGGACAGGGACUGGGACGGGACUGGGUGCGUGGAGCGUCGGAUCACCCAGGAUUGUGUUCCCUCCUCUCUUUCUCUCGUGGGUCUAUUUACAUGUCCGACCUGACUGCUUUAUGACAAUGGAUUACUUUCUGCUUUUAUGCAGCCUCUUGCUGCCCGUGGUGUCCAGCGUUGAAGAGACGCUGAUGGACACGAAGUGGGCCACGACAGAAUUAGCCUGGACUGCACACCCUGAGACCGGGUGGGAAGAGGUGAGUGGCUAUGAUGAUGCCAUGAACCCCAUCCGGACGUACCAAGUCUGCAAUGUACGUGAGCUCAACCAGAAUAACUGGCUACGCAGUGACUUCAUCCCGCGAAAGGACGUUCUGCGUGUAUAUGUGGAGAUGAAAUUCACAGUGCGCGAUUGCAACAGCAUUCCCAACAUCCCAGGUUCCUGCAAAGAGACCUUCAACCUCUUCUACUAUGAGUCUGACUCGGACUCAGCCACAGCCACCAGCCCUUUCUGGAUGGAGAACCCUUAUGUGAAGGUGGACACUAUUGCCCCAGAUGAGAGCUUUUCCAUGCUUGAGUCUGGGCGGGUAAACACAAAAGUCCGAAGUUUCGGGCCAUUGUCCAAAGCCGGGUUCUACUUGGCCUUCCAGGACCUUGGUGCUUGCAUGUCGCUCAUCUCAGUGAGGGUCUUUUACAAGAAGUGCUCCACCACCAUCGCCAACUUUGCCGUUUUCCCGGAGACAGCGACUGGGGCUGAGGCAACCUCUUUGGUUAUUGCGCCAGGAACUUGCGUCCCCAAUGCCCUGGAGGUGUCCGUGCCAUUGAAGCUUUAUUGCAACGGAGAUGGCGAGUGGAUGGUUCCCGUAGGAGCCUGCACCUGCUCAGCUGGUUUUGAACCAGCCAUGAAGGAUACCCAAUGUCAAGCUUGCAGCCCUGGCACCUUCAAGUCUAAACAGGGAGACAGCUUCUGCCUGCCCUGUCCAGCCAACAGCCGUGCCAGCUCAGGGGCAUCCAGCAUUUGCUCCUGUCGAAAUGGUUACUACCGCUCAGACACGGAUUCUCCUGAUUCCCCCUGUACCACUGUUCCCUCAGCACCACGCAGUGUCAUCUCCAGUGUUAACGAAACCUCGCUUGUGCUGGAAUGGAGUGACCCUCGUGACUUGGGUGGCCGGGAAGACAUCUUCUACAACGUCAUCUGUAAGAAGUGCCUGCCUGAGCGGGGAAUGUGCUCGCGGUGUGACGACAACGUGGACAUCUCGCCGCGCCACCUGGGCCUGACCCAGCGCCGCGUCGCCGUCCGUAACCUACAAGCCCACACCCAGUACAGCUUCGAGAUCCAGGCGGUCAAUGGUGUUUCUAACAAGAGCCCCUACUCGCCUCAGUUCUCCGCGGUGAACAUCACCACAAAUCAGGCUGCUCCAUCUGCAGUGCCCACAGUUCACCUGAUGGCGGCCACAGCGAGCACCAUGAGCCUGUCCUGGCUGCCUCCAGAGAAACCCAACGGAAUCAUUCUGGAUUAUGAGAUUAAGUACCAUGAGAAGGUAAGCGGCAAUGAUCAGGGUGAGGCCAUUGCCCAUACAAUGACUGCCCAACGGAGCAACGCCCGCAUUGAAGGUCUCAAGGCUGGUACGCCAUAUGUGGUGCAAGUCCGUGCCCGAACAGUAGCCGGUUACGGCCGUUACAGCAGCCCAGCCGACUUCAGCACCAACCUGCAAACUGACCCUCCAAAGUCAUGGCAGGAGCAGCUGCCACUCAUCGUGGGAUCAGCCACCGCCACCUUGGUCUUCAUCAUUGCAGUUGUGGUCAUUGCUAUUGUCUGCCUCAGAAAGCAGAGAAAUGGUUCAGAGUCGGAGUACACAGAGAAACUGCAGCAGUACAAAUCCCCCAUAGUAACACCGGGAAUGAAAGUCUACAUCGACCCCUUCACCUAUGAGGACCCCAACGAGGCCGUGCGCGAGUUUGCCAAGGAGAUUGAUGUCUCCUGCGUGAAGAUCGAGGAGGUCAUCGGCGCAGGUAACCCACCAAAGCUCCUGAGCUACAGGGGGAAGACUGCUAGUCACCUCCAGGCCAUACCGUUAGAGGACUUCACACCAAGCGGAGAGUUUGGGGAGGUGUGUCGCGGUCGCCUCAAGUUGCCCGGGCGCCGAGAGAUCAUCGUAGCCAUCAAGACCCUCAAGGUUGGCUACACUGACCGCCAGAGGCGAGACUUCCUGUCUGAGGCUUCCAUCAUGGGCCAGUUCGACCACCCCAACAUUAUCCGUCUGGAAGGCGUGGUCACCAAGAGUCGGCCAGUGAUGAUUGUGACCGAGUUCAUGGAGAAUGGAGCACUGGACUCUUUCCUAAGGCUCAAUGACGGGCAGUUCACAGUGAUCCAGCUGGUUGGCAUGCUGCGUGGUAUCGCAGCAGGCAUGAAGUACCUGUCAGACAUGAACUACGUACACAGAGACCUGGCUGCCCGUAACAUCUUGGUCAACAGUAAUCUAGUGUGUAAGGUGUCUGACUUCGGCCUAUCUCGCUUCCUCGAGGACGACCCUACAGACCCCACCUACACCAGCUCCCUGGGGGGGAAGAUCCCCAUUCGCUGGACAGCUCCUGAGGCGAUUGCCUACAGGAAGUUCACCUCAGCCAGCGAUGUGUGGAGCUACGGCAUCGUCAUGUGGGAAGUGAUGUCGUACGGCGAGCGGCCGUACUGGGACAUGAGCAAUCAAGAUGUGAUAAAUGCCGUGGAGCAGGACUAUCGACUGCCCCCACCCAUGGACUGCCCCACAGCACUGCACCAGCUCAUGUUGGACUGCUGGGUGAAAGAGAGGAACCUGCGACCCAAAUUCACCCAGAUUGUGGCCACGCUGGAUAAGCUUAUCCGCAAUGCUGCCAGCCUCAAGGUGGUCACCAACAGCACACAGUCCACUGGGGUAUCCCAGCCCUUGCUUGACCGCUGCGUACCAGACUAUACCACUUUCACCACUGUGGGGGACUGGCUGGACGCCAUCAAGAUGAGCCGCUACCGUGACAACUUCGUCAACGCUGGAUUUGCUUCCUUUGACCUGGUGGCCCAGAUGACAGCAGAGGACCUGCUGCGGAUAGGGGUAACGUUGGCCGGCCAUCAGAAGAAGAUUCUUGGUAGCAUUCAGGACAUGAGACUACAGAUGAACCAAACACUUCCUGUCCAGGUGUGAGCGAACGGGACACACAGACCGAUGCAGUCGAAGGACAGCCAGACAGGAAAAGGGGGGAGGAACUGUGCCAGAGAGAGCCAUUGGAAAACCCUAGCUGCCUGACCCAUCUCUGCCAAUUAGACGCUAUGAAACUGGCUUGCAGUGCCUCUGACUAUUUUUUUUUCUUUAUUUCACUACCACUUCCAUUUCCUGUUCCUGCUUUUUUUGUUAUGCGUCAUUGUUUCUUUUUCCAUCCAAUCAGAAUUUGUGUGUUUUUUUUGAAAGAGGAAGAAAAGUUAACCCCCUUUAUAUCCCAUGCGUGCCUCACCAGCUCUGGUGUGGGUUGACGUUUGCAUGCAUGUGUGUUUUAGUGAGGUUGGCCUUAGCCCUGUAACUGAAAUGUCACACUCUAAUCCUCACGCAAGAGCCCCUCCCCGUGACCUCUCGACCCAGCUUUGAUGGACGUUAUACAUAGUGAAGAAUGAACACCCUGGUGUAAAAAAGGUGGACAAACGUUCACGCAAAAAAAAAGACCCCGAAACAAAAACACGGAGGUGUUUCAGACCCACAGGAGACAGAGGACUAUUCUUCCCCUGAUAGAAGUUGUUUUACUGUGCACGUUUGUGUCGUUCUCCAUCUUCAUAUUGAAGGUGUGUUAUCUUAGGGCACUUGCUGGAGAAGGGUGAGGUGGUGGAAGAGGAUUUAUGAUGGGCUGGGGUCAAAGGUCAAGAGGAUGACAGAGGUCAAAUAGGUCAAAAGGAAGGCAGCCACAUUUUUGGACACUUGUUUUGGCUGCUGAAUCCUCAAUAGGUCACCAGAUGACCUCUUGCCCCUGACCUGAAGUGACUCAGGAUAGCUCCACAGCUUGGGAUCACCUGCUCAUCAAGUGUGUUUCUACACAUGAAAAAAAUGUUUUAUUUUUGUUUGUCCACACACAUUUUUUUCCUUCUUCUUUUUUUUUUUGGCUUUCUUACACAUUUUUUGGGAGAUUUGUGGUUUCAAAAUGGCCGGUCAAACCUGAGUACCCCCUGUUGGACACUUUCUGUGACUGAGGGGGAGACAAGGACUGUGGCAACACUAUAGAAAGACCACUUGGCCUUUUGUGUGCGUUUUUGUAUGUGUGCGUGCGCAUGUGUGCGUGUAUGUGUGAUUAAGUGUGCUUGGAUGUGCGGGUGUGUCAAGUUGCACACAAGUAUACUGUACAAUACAGCUUCCGCUAUUUGCCACCGUGGAGAAUUAACGCAUGAACUGAACCGUGACAUGGAGCAAAUAUAUCUGAAACAAUUACGCUAUAUUCUGUGGACAACUGUUAAACAUCCUUUUUUUAUUGAAUCCAAAAAAAUGAACUUAGGACUUACAUAUAUAUAUAUAUGAAAUUAUAUAUAUAUGCACCAUGCAGAAACUGAGAGAAACCACGAUGGACACCUUACUUUCUACUUACUAUUAUCUGG